AUGGCAGACAGGUGAAGAUGGCGGGUGGAGGGUCCAGGUGGAGGGUCCUGCAGCAGCUGCUGGUCCCGGUUCUGGUUCUGGUUCGGCUGUCUUCUUCGUCCUCUGAUCUGGACUCGGAGCGCGGCGAGCUGCAGCUGCGGCGCAUGCGCGACCUCGCCGCUCAGCCCCGCUACGGGGGGUGCUGGGCACGCGCCCUGCAGGACCUGGACGCGCGCUGCCGGCAGCUGACGGCGGAGGAGCAGAGCCGGCUCGCGCUGCGCUUCACGCACUGUCACCUGAGCAGCUCAGGCAGAGAUUUCCCAUCAUGCCCCGAGGGGUCGGAGGUCAGCAGCUGCACCAGAGGGAUGGACGCCAUCGCCUUUCACUCCUACACCGAGUUCUUCACCCACGCCCACUCCAUCUGCCGCUUCCUGCAGGCGGAGGCCUGGCAGAGCCGGGCGGAGGGCGCCGUGCACAGGCUGACGGAGAGCUCAGCAGCUGUGGCGGAGCAGCUGGACUCCGCCCGGCAGAUGGCGGAGGAGCUGUUCUCGGCCCAGAGCGCCGCCCUGCAGGCGCAGCAGGAUCUGCUGAGCAGUGGGGAGGAGCUGCGGGCGUCCCUGACAGACUCCACUGAGGGUAAAGCCGCCUCCGCCCUCCGCCCUCCGGCGCCUGGCGGGCUGAACUCGGGGCGCUCUCUUCCAGGCCUGCGCUCCGUCUUCUCGGAGCUCAGCAGCUCGUCGCGGGCGCAGCGGGUGGUGCUGACGGAGCUCUUCCACCGGGUGUCCUUCCUGCACAGCUUCCUGCUGACGGAGGCUCACAGUCUGAGCUCCUGCUGCUACAACGCCGCCGCCUUCUGCGCCGCCUUCCUGCUCACCUCCACCCGCCGCUCCUCCAGGGCCAGGAUGAGAGGCAGGUGGAGACGGAGACGGGCUGCUAGCCCCCGGUUCUCCGGCGGGUUCCCUGCUGACGGCCCCGUCCCCGUCCCCGUCCCCGUCCCCGUCCCCGUCCCGUCCUCCAGGCUGUGGCUGCUGCUGCUGGUGGUUCUCAACUUCUACCUGGAGAAGAAGAUCUACCAGUUCCUGAGGAGCCGGGACGCCCCGGAGAACCUGCAGCUGGAGACGUUCUCCGUGUCCGUCUCGGUCCUCCGCCGGGUGAUGGUGUCUGUGGGGCUGCUGGUUCUGCUGCUGGUCUGCGUCCGGUACCGGGACCCGGUCCAGCAGAGCCUGCAGGUUCUGCAGCAGCUGCAGGAGACGCAGCGCAGCCUGCAGGAGGCGCUGCAGCAGGCAGAGAGUCUGGGAGAGCAGAAGAAGAAGCAGGAAGAGGAAGUGGAGAGGAGGAAGAGGAGGAGGAGGGAGGAAGAGGAGGAGGAAGAGGAGCAGUGCAGCGUCUCCACCUGUCCUUCAGACGUCUCUCUGUCCGGGUGGAGGGACCACAGCCUCCUCAGCAGCACCGUCAACGAUUCAGACGCCGGCUCCGCCCUCAGCGACUCCACCCUGACCGGCGUUUCCCACAAUGCCACAGUGCGGAGGCGGAGCCCGGCCAGGGGUUCCCGCCGCUCCGGCCCAUCCCGGUCCUCGGCCCGGUCCUCGGCCCGGUCCCCGGCCCGGUCCUCGGCCCGGUCCUCCCCUCUGGUCUACAGCGUCCUGGUGGAGGACAAACAGCCUCGCUACAGUCUGAGGAACAGACGUUCUGACGCCCGCUGACAGAAGAUCCUUUUUAUUUUCCACUCGUUUUCAUAAUUUUAGCAAAUAUUUUAUGAGAAUCAAUAAAGUGUCUUCAGACGAGAACCGA